UGGUGUCUGUAUCUCUCUUGUGGUCUCGCACCGUAUGAAUUAGUAAUUACAACCGGGGGACCGACAAAAGCUCGGAAUCAAUCUUAAAAAACCAAACUAAAGUGCUUUUCUUCUCCUAAUUACUGACAGAAUACGUUUUCAACUAGUAAAGGGGAGGCAAUCCGCAUACAGGACAAGAGUCAAAUAGAGCCGUUUCUCUCUCUCUCUCUCUCUCUCUCUCAGAGUACUCCUCAUACGCACACGCAUCCUUCCUCUAGAGGCUCCGGUUCAUUUUCUUUCUGAUAAUGUAAACAUCACAGAAAAGCUAGACGAAUAUUGCCUCUAAUCUCUAAGCCCGAAUUCUAAAGUGCCAACAAUGGCUUUGUGUAGCUUUUUCUCAGUGUUCCUCAUCUACAUUACUUUAUUUGCGAGCUCGUGUUUUGCUGCGGAUCCAUUUGCGAACUUUGAGUUUGAAGUCUCUUACAUCACUGCCUCUCCUCUUGGUGUGCCCCAGCAGGUUAUUGCUAUUAAUGGCAAGUUUCCUGGUCCUACUGUCAAUGUGACUACUAACAACAAUGUCGCUGUCAAUGUCCGGAACAAAUUGGACGAGAAUCUCCUCAUUACUUGGUCCGGUAUUCAACAGCGGCGUAGUUCGUGGCAAGAUGGAGUUCUGGGCACGACUUGUCCUAUUCCUCCAAAGUGGAAUUGGACUUACCAAUUUCAGGUUAAGGAUCAGAUUGGAAGCUUCUUCUAUUUUCCAUCUCUCAAUUUCCAGAGAGCGUCCGGAGGGUAUGGCGGAAUUAUUAUCAAUAACCGGGCCAUAAUUCCAAUUCCUUUUGCAACCCCAGAUGGGGAUAUAGUUAUUUUUAUCGGUGAUUGGUACACCCGGAACCAUACGGCUUUGAGGAAGGCUCUUGAUGCAGGGAAAGAUCUUGGAAUGCCAGAUGGGGUUCUUAUUAACGGGAAAGGUCCUUACAGAUAUAAUGAUACGCUUGUACCAGAUGGCAUUGAUUAUGAAACAAUUGAGGUCCACCCAGGGAGAACUUAUCGCAUUCGUGUACACAAUGUUGGGGUUUCAACUAGUCUUAACUUCAGGAUCCAGAACCAUAAUCUGCUUCUAGCUGAGACGGAGGGAUCAUAUACAGUGCAACAAAACUAUACUAGCUUAGAUAUUCAUGUCGGACAAUCUUAUUCGUUUUUGGUGACCAUGGAUCAGAAUGCAAGUACUGAUUACUACAUUGCAGCAAGUGCUAGGUUUGUGAACGAAUCACUCUGGAAAAGAGUUACUGGUGUCGCCAUCUUGCAUUACACAAAUUCCAAAGGAAAGGCAAAGGGUCCCCUCCCAGACCCACCAAGUGAUGAAUUUGACAAGACUUUCUCAAUGAACCAAGCAAGAUCCAUCAGGUGGAAUGUAUCUGCUAGUGGUGCUCGCCCUAACCCACAGGGUUCUUUUAGAUAUGGCUCAAUCAAUGUGACUGAAAUUUAUGUGUUGAAAAACAAGCCACCGGUGACAAUUAAUGGGAAAAGACGGACAACACUAAGUGGAGUCUCAUUUGUUAAUCCCUCCACCCCAAUCAGGCUUGCUGACUGGUUCAAAGUAAAGGGAGCAUACAAGCUAGAUUUUCCCUCUAGGCCACUUACAGGAGCAUCACGGAUGGAAACAUCAGUUAUUAAUGGAACGUAUAGAGGAUUUAUGGAAGUCAUAUUACAGAACAAUGAUACCAAGGUGCAGAGCUAUCACAUGAAUGGAUAUGCAUUUUUUGUUGUGGGGAUGGAUUAUGGUGAGUGGACGGAGAAUAGCAGGGGCACAUAUAACAAGUGGGAUGGAAUUGCCCGCUCCACAACACAGGUUUAUCCUGGAGCUUGGACGGCAAUCUUGAUAUCCCUCGACAAUGUUGGAGUCUGGAACAUUAGAACAGAAAACCUUGACUCGUGGUAUCUUGGCCAAGAAACGUAUGUCAGGGUUGUCAAUCCAGAGGCUACUAACAAAACCGAGUUACCCUUACCAGACAAUGCCCUAUAUUGUGGCGCCCUUAGCAAAUUGCAGAAGCCAGAAGAUAUCUCCUCAGCAAUUUCAAUCAUGGCGAAUAGAUCAAAGCUGUUCUUAACCCUGCUGAUGAUCGUCUGUGCUGUAAUUCCCAUUUUCCACUAAGUAUUUUCGUUUUGAGUCAUCCCCUCUACGAUGGUUUCUCUUAGUUGAGGUUUGUGGUCGAGUGCUUAGUUCUGUAAAUUUAGUGUUGUUGAUAUGAUACUUGGGUGAUUUUUACUUUCAUUUUUCUCUUUUUGCCAUGUGCUAGAUCAUGUUGCCCAGUUUCCUUGUUUAGCUUGUUGAGAGACCUGUCAUUCUUUUGAUAUCUACCAUUUAUUGUGUUCAUGACAAUUCAUCAAGUUGCAAUACACUUUUAACUUCCCAUGUA